AUGAGCAGACAAUCAAGGAUAGCAGCCUCUCUGCUUGUGUUCGCAUGCGCGAGCUCUGGGGCUUUGGCGGACCGAAAAUUCAAUAUUCACGAUGAUUUACUCGCGUUUCCUCAGUACCGUCUCCAUUUCCCCGAUGCUUUCGUUCUCGACUCCCAGGCGCGCGCAUUCCUAGAACAGUCUCCUCAUAGCCCCUCCGCCGAUAAGCGAGAUGAUGAACAAGCUCCAUUGACAGAUGAGACUCAUGGUUCGGCACACGGGUCGAACGACGACGAGAUAAAGCUAUCAUACGAGGAGCUGAUCCUUGAGGGCCAGCGAUAUCUGUGCCAAAUCCCGAUAGUACCAGAUACCAAAGGGAAUCAGACUGCAGCGGAGGUCGACGAGGAGGAGGAACGAAAGGAAUUGGCCCGGGCAACGGACCGUGGCCUGGAGCUACUGAGCGACAUGGAAGGGAGAUGUCUCUACUACAUCUCGGGUUGGUGGUCAUAUUCCUUCUGCUAUAACAACGAGAUCAAGCAGUUUCACGCGCUCUCAUCGGCAGGGGGCGCUCCGAGUUACCCCCCAAUGGAGGACCCGCAAACCCACUCUUUCAUCCUCGGAAGAUUUCAUCGCGACGACGGCCAUAACGAUGAAGAGAGCGGGGCCAAAACCGAAAAAACGACUACAGAUCUAGCGGAACUACAAACUAGAGGAGGAUCCCGGUACCUCGUACAACACCUCGAUGGCGGUGAUCAGUGCGAUAUCACAAAGGUAGACCGCAAAAUCGAGGUUCAAUUCCACUGCAAUCCCCAGUCGACGGACCGAAUCGGUUGGAUCAAGGAACUCGCAACCUGCUCGUAUCUGAUGCUUAUAUAUACCCCGCGCCUAUGCAAUGACGUCGCCUUCCUUCCGCCUCAGGAGGAGGAAGUCCAUACCAUCGAAUGUCGUGAGAUUCUCACGCCAGAGGAAGUCUCUGGCUGGACGGCCAUGCAGGAAUACCAAUUGUCCCAGAAACUCGUGGAAUCGGCAGAAACACCAGAGUACCCAAUCAUCGGGGGUAUCGAAGUUGGUGCCCAGCGGUCAGUAGGAAGUGAGGGCAAGGUCAUGGAGAAGGGUCGCAUAACCACCAUUGGCGAAGAAAACGUCGAGAUUGUCGCCAAAAGCGUGAAUGGAGAGUUCAAGAUGAUACCACCCGAAGAGCUAAAGAAGCUUGACCUUGAUCCCGAGAAACUCGAGAAAUUCAGGAAGAAAGUGGAGGAGUUCGCAAAGGGAAAAGACUGGACCCUAGAAUUCGUUACGAGCCUGGGGAAACCGUCGUUUGUGCGAGGAGUAGUAGAUACAGAGGAUGAAACAGUAGGAGGAAAUGAAGAAACAGCGGCGAAAGAAGAAGAGAAGAAGGAUGACCAAAAACAAGACAAGCUUGGGUCAAAGGACCCUCAAGAAGAGAAGGUUCAGGGCAAGGCUGACGUGAGGGUUGGUGAGCAGGAGCCGACAGUCGACGCGGAAGAUUCGGAUGGGAGCGAAGAGAUUUUCAAGGAUGAAUUGUAA